UCUGACGAGAGCGCGCAAACCAUCUUCAAGAACUUCCGAGGAGCGAGAAACACAUCAGACUCUCCACGCGCUCCUGCACCAGCCGUACAAUCUGAAGAUGAGCACAACACACCUAAUAACCUUUCCCGCUCUUCUCAUGCUGCUCUACAUUCCUAGCUCAGAUCCUGUCACUGUCACUACAAGUAAAGCAAAAGUGGAGGUACAUGAAAACACAAAUGCUGUCCUUUCCUGUGAGUUCAGGACAGAGAAAGAAACGAACCCACGUGUUGAAUGGAAGAAGAGAGGCAAAGAUGUUUCAUAUGUUUAUUUUGAUGGCGAAUUUACAGGUUCAUUUAAGGGUCGUGCUUCCAUCGAAGGGGCGACAAUGACCCUCCGUGGUGUUACACAGAAAGACUCAGGAGUGUAUCAUUGCGAAGUCACAGCCCGCCAAGACAAAAUCAAGCUGGGGGAGGUCACCGUCACCCUCAAUGUGCUUGUGCCGCCACAUGCGCCAUCAUGUGAGGUCCCUGAAACAGUCAUGAAAGGAUUUUCUGCGGAGCUCCACUGUAAAGACAAACUGAGCAUUCCUGCUGCCACCUACAGCUGGUACAAAGACAACAAACCACUUUACACUGGCAAUCAUCAGGAAAUCCACUACACCCUGGACCCCAAAACAGGGACUCUGAAAUUCAAGGCGGUAUCAAAAUCUGAUGAGGGUCAGUAUCGAUGUGAGGCCUCCAAUGGAGUGGGGGCACCUAAAAGCUGUGCAGGCCAGCAUAUGAAGAUAACUGAAUUUGAGCUCAACAUGACAAUAGUCAUAGCAUUAGAAGUGGCAGCGCUCCUGUUGCUUCUCUCAUGCUGUGUGGCCGUCUGUCUGUGCUGCAGACGAGGGUGCUGUCGAUGCUGCCGCAAGAGUAAAGCAGAGACAAAACAAAGCAGAACAAAGACCAGCUACAACCCUCCAACAGAUCCGAGACACUACAAACAUACACAAUCCUUUGUGCUUUGAAGAGUGUGCACAUUUUGGACAGCACCAUGCUGACAGAAGUAAACUAAAGUGACCUCAAAGGCUAGAGAAUGAAAUAUUACAUCAACUACGCCUCUGUAUCUCUUAUUUGCUCUUAUGGGCUAUGAGCAGAAAACACGCCCCCUGGUGGUGAGGUCUGAUUACAGCUGAACAAUCCGCAACAGACCUAAACUUGGGUUAGUUCACCCAAAAAUGAAAAUUAUGUUAUUUAUUUCUCACCCUCAUGUUGUUCCACACCCGUAAGACCUUUGUUCAUAUUCGGGACACAGAUUAAUAUAUUUUUGAUAAAAUCCGAUGGCUCAGUGAGGCCUGCAUCGCCAGCAAUAACAUUCCCUUUUUCAAUGCCCAGAAAGCUACUAAAACAUAUUUAAAACAGUUCAUGUGAGUACAGUGGUUCAACUUUAAUAUUAUAAAGCGACGAGAAUACUUUAACAAAAUAGCAACUUUAUUCCACAAUAUCUAGUGAUAGGCGAUUUCAAAACACUACUUCAUGAAGCUUACGAAUCAUUUGUUUCGAAUCAGUGGUUCAGAGCGCCAAAAUCAAGUGCUUUCAGUAAACGAGACUUUGUUACAUCAUAAGUGUUUUAAAACUUCAAUAGUUCACGUGACUUUGGCAGUUUGAUACACGCUCCGAACCACUGAUUCGAAACAAAUGAUUUGUAAAGCUUCGAAGCUUCAUGAAGCAGUGUUUUGAAAUCGCCCAUCACUACAUAUUGUUGAAAAGUCAUUAUUUUGUUUUUUUGGCGCACAAAAAGUAUUCUCGUUGCUUUAUAAUAUUAAGGUUGAACCACUGUAGUCACGUGAACUGUUUUAAAUAUGUUUUUAGUAGCUUUCUGGGCAUUGAAAAAGGGAGCGUUAUUACUGUCAAUGGAGGCCUCACUGAGCCAUCGGAUUUUAUCAAAAAUAUCUUAAAUUGUGUUCCGAAGAUGAACGAAGGCCUUAUGCCAUUAAUUACUCACCCUCAUGUUGUUCCACACCCAUAAUUUUCAUUUUUGGGUGAACUAACCCUUUAAUGUUUCUCUUUUACUACUGUUAAUUUUUUUUUUUUUUUUUCAUUUAUUUUGGACACUGUAUUAUUGUAAUUGUCUCAUAUUAGUUUCACUUCAGACAAUCUAAUGUUUAUUAGAUACUGUACAAAUGUUGCACUAUUUCAUACUAGAUUUGUUCAGGUUACAGGCAAUGGUUUCACUCACCAAGCCACUGAGCAUAAACGCCCAACUACAGAUGUGAUGGUCCACUUAAUUUGAGUGGAAACAAGCUUGACUUGUCUCAGGAUGUCUCUAAAGUCUAUUAAUCAUCAUACAAUCAGUGUUAAGUAGAAUUUUAAUCACAGUCACCUUGACUGGUUUUUCAUGUUUAAAGUAUCAUCAGUUGUCUGAUGAUGGGUAUUGAGAAAAAUUGCUAUCAUGUCGUUCAAAAACCUCUAUGACUUUCUUCUGUAAAUCAAAAAAGAUAUUUUGAAGAACUGACUUCUACUGUAUGGACAAAAACUGAGACAUUUCUCAGAGUAUCUUCUUUUAUGUUCUACAGAAGAGAGUAAAUCAUACUGGCUUGGAACAAUAAAAGUGAGUAAAUGACAGAAUUUUCAUUUUUGGGUGAAUUUUUGGGUAGUGUGCACAGAAAACCAAGAGACAGAAAGUUCCUUUCAGCAACUCCGUACAGAUUGGCACACUUCUCUUUUAAUAACAGAAACAGACUUAACCAACAGAAGCAGAAUUUUCAUUAGACAUGCAUAGUGAUAACCAAACAAUCCACCAUAGAGAACACUACACUAUCUCUUCAACACCUUCUAGACAGAGUUAAACAAUGUGCUUGAGCUCAUUUAACUUUUUGGUUUAGCUGAUUUGUGGUUCAAAUGAACCAACAAUGUCUCCAAAAACUAGAUUUGUUUUUUGGUCUUUUGUUACAUUAACUGUUAUAUAAAAUUAAGUAAAUGCAAAAUUCAGACUUCACUGCAAUAUUUACUCUUUCUACACAGAAUAAAUGACUGUAGAAUACACUUUCACUGUUAAAUAAAGAAAUACAGAAAUCA